UCUUCUCUCUUGUUUAUUUAUACUUCGCAAUUCACCUUGAGUUUACUUCGGGCAGGCCGCAAGUUUCAAUGGCAAAAACAUUUUUGUCAGUCGGCAGAAAUACCUGGUUGAAUUUGCACACUCUUUAGUGGUUUGAGGAAACUAAAAAUCGAGGCGAUUUUGCGUUGCGAAGAGGGCUGGAAAAUGAGCAGCCAUCACCGACUGGGGCCCAACUCGCCCAACGGCGAGGUCGAACACAUUCAGGCCCUGUCUGCGAACAUCGGUGCCCUGUACCUGAAUGAUGAAUACAGCGACGUGGUCCUCAACAUCAAUGGCCUUGACAAGUUCCACGCGCACAAAGUCAUCCUGGCAGCCAGAAGCGAAUAUUUCAGGGCUCUGUUGUACGGUGGCAUGAAAGAGUCCCAGCAAGCCGAGGUGGAGCUCAUGUGCUCCAACUGCGACGCGUUCAAAGCCCUUCUGCGCUACAUCUACACGGGCCAAAUGUCUCUGUCAGCCAUGAAGGAGGAGACGGUGCUGGAGGUGCUUGGCCUGGCCAACACGUACCGCUUCGAGGAGCUGGAGCACUCACUCGCCGACUACCUCCGGCAGAUCUUGAACGUGCGCAACGCCUGCAUGAUCUUUGACGCUGCCACACUGUACCAGAUGCGGUCACUGGUCCAAAUGUGCCUCUCCUUCAUGGACAGACAGGCUGCUGAAAUUCUGCUUCAAGAUGGCUUCACUCGCCUUUCUCUGUUUUCUCUGGAAACGUUGGUGUCUAGGGACUCGUUCUGCGCUCCAGAGGUUCAGAUUUUCGAAGCCAUCGGUCGAUGGGUUCAGAACAAUGAUGAGGAAAUUAUUGAGAGGGCGCUGGCGCUUAUCCGACUGCCGCUGAUCGAGCUGCCAGACCUGCUGAACAAGGUCCGACCCACAGGGCUGAUCAACCCUGAUGCCAUACUCGACGCCAUACAGAACCGCACCGCCAUGAAAAACACGGACCUCAAGUACCGCGGCUUCAUGCUGCCUAAGGAGAAUGUGGCCCAUGUAAAACACGGAACGCAGGUGUUGCAAGGUGAGAUGCGUUCGGCCCUCUUGGAUGGCGACACUACUAACUAUGACAUGGAGAGAGGCUACACAAGACAUGGAAUCACUGCCGGCGGCGACUCUGGCAUUCUCAUCAAACUGGGAAUGCCGUGCAUCAUCAACCAUAUGAAAAUGCUCCUCUGGGACAAGGAUGUCAGAUCCUACUGCUACUUCAUCGAGGUGUCGAUGGACACGGUCGAUUGGGUGAAAGUGAUUGACCACACGUACUAUUAUUGCCGCUCAUGGCAGUAUUUGUACUUUGAACCAAGAGUGGUCCAGUACAUCAGAAUCGUUGGUACUCACAACACAGUGAACAAGGUGUUUCACGUUGUCGCCUUCGAGGCUGUGUACGACAACAAGCAGUUCACCAUCGAAAAGGGGAUGAUUGCUCCUACUGAAAACGUGGCAGUGCAGACCCUGAGUGCGUCUGUGAUCGAGGGUGUGAGUCGUAGUCGAAACGCACUCUUGAAUGGAGACACAAAGACUUACGACUGGGACUCGGGCUACACAUGUCACCAGCUGGGUAGCGGCGCCAUCGUCGUCCAGCUUGGACAGCCGUACAUGCUCGAUUCUAUGAGGCUAUUGCUAUGGGACUGCGACCUGCGAGCCUACAGCUACUACGUGGAGAUUUCUGUCAACAACACGGACUGGGUGAUGGUGGCCGACAAAACUUCAGAGCAGUGCAGGUCCUGGCAGAUUUUGCGCUUCAAGAAGCAGCCUGUCGUGUUCAUCAAAAUUGUUGGUGUGCACAACACUGCAAAUGAGGUGUUUCACGUCGUGCAUUUCGAAUGCCCUGCUCAAUUGGAAGCGAACGAGGAGCCAGACGCGAGUGUGGAGGAAUGCUCAGCCGGCUUAAAGGCCUUGGUCACUGUGAGCAGUACUGAUGAGAGCGAUACCGAGGAGGCGAAAGAUGUUUUCCACUCCACAGAACAAUAAGACUUAAACCGUCAAAACUGGAUAAUUAUAUAAAUGUGCCCAGCCUAGUCGUAAGCGCGGAUUAUAAAUUAUUUAUACACGCUAAAUGAAGUUAUGGCAGUGAUUUACUGACGCCGGAAUGUCAUCUUGCUUAAAACUAUUUAUAAUAUAUUGCAACAUUGUGCUACCUGUUAACUCUUAAGUGAUCUUGAAUCAAACUACCAGCCCGUAAAGUAGGAUACGCUAUUGAUACUCGUCGCCAUAACACUAAUAAAAAUAAAGUUGUUGUUAGUACAAA